AUGGACUCGUCUGAGAAAGAGGGAAGCGGGGCAACGGGCUCUCUUCCUCCUCCCCCGCCUCUGCCUCCCAAUGUGGCACCAAUCAAAGCAGAAUGUGAACCUGCAAAGAAGGUUUUACGUGUCCCAAUGGCCAGGAAAGGUCUUGGAUCUAAAGGGCAGAAGAUAUCUAUUCUCACAAAUCACUUCAAAGUGAAUGUUGGAACUGUUGAUGGGCAUUUCUUCCACUACAGUGUUUCUCUUUCUUAUGAAGAUGGUCGCCCAGUGGUUGGGAAGGGUGUUGGAAGAAAGGUGAUGGAUAAGUUGCAUGAGACCUACAGCAGUGAGUUGGCUGGAAAGGACUUUGCGUAUGAUGGGGAGAAGAGUUUAUUUACUGUUGGUCCUCUCCCAAGUACCAAGCUUGAGUUUCCUGUUGUGCUUGAGGAUGUUACAUCCGACAGGAGUGCAAGCCCUGAUGGCAAUGAAAGCCAAAAAGAGCGUGAAAGGAAGAUAUUAGGACGUAUGCACCCGCCAAAGACAUUUAACGUGGAGAUUAGCUUUGCCGCAAAGAUUCCCAUGCAAGCCAUUCAAAAUGCUCUGCGUGGACAGGAAUCAGGAAACUCACAAGAAGCCCUGAGGGUGCUGGAUAUCAUUUUACGGCAGCAUGCUGCAAAACGGGGAUGCCUACUUGUUCGCCAGUCUUUUUUCCAAGAUGAUGAAAAUAAUUAUACAAACAUUGGCCGUGGUGUCCUAGGAUGCAGGGGAUUCCAUUCAAGUUUCAGAGCUACUCAAGGAGGCCUUUCCCUGAAUAUUGACGUAUCAACUACAGUGAUAUUUCAACCUGGUCCAGUAUUGGAUUUUUUACUUGAGAAUCAGAAUAUGAGAGAUCCUCAGUACCUGGACUGGAGCAAGGCUAAACGAGUGCUUAAAAAUCUGAGGGUAGAAGUCAGACCAUCCAAUCUGGAGUACAAGAUUACCGGAUUGAGUGACCUUUCUGCAAAGAUCAGAUGUAUGAUUUCCCGGUUCUCAUGGAAGCAGAAAAGUAUGAAGAAUGAGAAUGGUGAAGCAGAGACCGUGGAGAUUACUGUUUAUGAAUAUUUUGUCACCCAUCGCAAGAUACAGUUGGCUUAUUCUGCAGAUUUGCCAUGCAUUAAUGUUGGCAAGCCAAAGCGGCCAACAUAUAUUCCUUUGGAGCUGUGCACUUUGGUGUCGUUGCAACGCUACACAAAAGCGCUAUCCACUUUCCAAAGAGCUUCGCUGGUCGAAAAAUCAAGGCAGAAGCCUCAAGAAAGAAUGAGGCUCUUGUCUAUUGCUUUACAUAACAGUAAUUAUGGUGCUGAACCAGUGCUGCGUUCAUGUGGUGUUUCUAUCAGCUCUAAUUUCACCCAAGUGGAAGGCCGUAUUCUGCCUCCUCCGGGGAUAAUAGCGGGCGAUGGUAAAGCUUUCGCGCCUAAGAAUGGGCGAUGGAAUUUCAACAAUAAGGUCUAUAGCUUCUUUGCUUUUGCAGCCUUCUAUCUUAUAUAUGUUUCAUCUCUUGUUUCUCAACAGUUCAGUUAUGCUUUCAUAGAGAUUUGUGGAGCCAACUAG